AUGGCUUCUGCUACAUCUACAGCAGCCCCCAUCACCUUUGGAUUCAAGAAUUUGUUGGAAACAUUCACUGUUGAUGUGCACAGGGCAGAGAAUAGGCCACUGAACGUGCCCUUAAUUGCUCCCUUUACCAUUGCCACCUCUAGAUUGGACAAGGUGGAGAACGUGGCCAUAAGAGUUGAGUUGAGCAACGGUGCUGUGGGGUGGGGUGAGGCACCAAUUUUGCCUUUUGUUACUGCAGAGGACCAAACCACCGCCAUGGCCAAGGCUUCUGAGGCAUGUGCUUUCUUGAGGAGAUGUCCUGCACUAACUUUGGGUUCCAUGCUGGGGGAGAUUGGUGGUAUUCUUCCCGGGCAUCAAUUUGCUUCAGUUAGGGCUGGGGUGGAGAUGGCAAUAAUUGAUGCUGUUGCAAAUAGUAUUCGUGUGCCAUUGUGGAGGCUUUUUGGUGGGGCUUCAAAUACCAUAACCACUGAUAUAACAAUUCCAAUUGUUUCUCCAGCUGAAGCAGCUAAUUUAGCUUCUAAGUACAAUAAAGAAGGAUUUAAGACUUUAAAGCUGAAAGUGGGCAAGAAUCUGAACGCAGAUAUAGAAGUGCUUCAAGCUAUACGUGUUGCCCACCCUGAGUGUCAGUUUAUUCUUGAUGCUAAUGAAGGGUAUAAAUCUGAGGAAGCAGUGGAAGUUCUUGAGAAAUUACAUGAUAUGGGGUUGACUCCUAUUCUAUUUGAGCAACCAGUUCACAGAGAUGAUUGGGAUGGUCUUCGGUAUGUCAGUAGUAUAGCAAGAGAGAGAUAUGGUGUAUCUGUUGCAGCUGAUGAGAGUUGCAGAAGUAUAGUUGAUAUUUACAAAAUUGUGGAAGGGAAUGUUUUAGAUGUUAUUAACAUUAAGCUUGCCAAAGUUGGUGUUAUGGGUGCCCUUGAAAUUAUUGAAAAGGCAAAAGCAGCAGGAUUAGACUUGAUGAUUGGUGGUAUGGUUGAGACUAGACUUGCUAUGGGUUUUGCUGGCCAACUUGCUGCUGGGCUUGGGUGUUUCAAGUUCAUUGACUUAGAUACACCACUUCUGCUGUCAGAUGAUCCAGUUCUUGGAGGAUAUCAAGUUUCAGGUUCCACUUAUAAGUUCUCAAACGCUAGGGGACAUGGUGGAUUCCUUCACUGGGACAACCUUGCAUAG